AAAGAGGUCUGCUCGAGUGCCCAAUUGUCCCGAUUUCGCGUAUUCGCGUGACAACGUCAAUCCCCGUGAGAUCUGUGUCGAACCUAACCUAUCGAGACGCCACUUUCGCCGAGAUCGUCGAAUUCUCUCAGAUUGAUGUCGAUAUUUGCGGAAACGAUCCUAACCUAUAUUAGGGCGACCACGUGGCGAGCGAUCUCGUCCAGAUACUCUUCAAAGCCGCUUCGCUUUCGCGACUUUCAGGAGUAAUGUCCAGGUGAAAACCAGUGAAAACGAGUCGGUUCGACGAGGAGCAGAGAAAUGAGUCUACCGAGUGUGAAGGACUACUCCCUGCUCGAAAAAAUCGGCGUGGGGAGUUACGCUACCGUUUACAAGGCCUUCAAAAAAGGUGGAUCCAAAGAAGUGGUCGCCAUCAAGUGCGUGGACAAGUCGGGCCUCUCGAAGUCGGCGAUCGAGAACCUCAUAACGGAGAUCAAUCUUUUGAAGAUCCUGAAGCACGAGCACAUCGUCGAGAUGAAGGACUUCUUUUGGGACGAGGGGCACAUCUACAUCGUGAUGGAGUACUGCGACGCCGGCGACCUCUCGAGUUUCAUCAGGAGGAAGAACAAACUGCCGGAGAACGUAUGUCGGAAGUUCCUGCAGCAGCUUGCCCUCGCCCUCAAGUACUUACGCGGUCACAAUGUCUGUCACAUGGACCUGAAACCGCAAAACCUUCUCCUGGCCAAGAGACCCCAUCUCACCCUGAAGGUCGGAGACUUCGGCUUCGCCCAGUACCUAUCCUCCUCUGAGCAGAAAUUCGCGAUCCGGGGCUCCCCUUUGUACAUGGCGCCGGAAAUCCUUCUUCGUCAGAAGUACGACGCCAGGGUGGAUCUCUGGAGCGUCGGUAUCAUCAUGUACGAGUGUCUCUUCGGCAGGGCUCCUUAUUCCAGUAGCAGCUUUCAGGAGCUGGCCGACAAGAUCAAGUCCCAGAGGCCGAUCCAGCUCCCAAAGGGCGCCCGGGUCUCCCCCGAGUGCAAGGAUCUCCUGCUGUCCUUGCUGAAGCACGACCCCACCAGGAGGAUAUCCUUCGAGGGCUUCUUCGAGCACGAGUUCCUCGAUCUGGCGCACGCACCCACGAAGGAGAACUACGAGAAGGCUGCGACUCUGGUGCAGUCCGCCGUCAAGAUGGACGCGGUGGGCAACCGGAAGGAGGCCUUCCACCUCUACUGCGACGCCCUGAGAUACUUCAUUCCUUUGCUCACCAGUGAGGCUGAUCCUCAAAGAAAGGAGGCGCUGAGAUUGCACGUGAACGACUACAUCAGGAGAGCGGAGCAGCUGAAGCGAGCCUGCCUCGACGACGACGAGGUGGAAAAGUCGGGGGAAAGUUCGACGUCGAGGAACUCCGGGAACGGCCCUCUUCCUCGGCGCACCGAGUCUCUGGAGUGCGGGGCAUCCUUGGGAUACAACGACCUACGUACUCUCGGUAAGAGUACCCCGGCGAUGGUGGAUGGCCUGGAAAUUGGAGAAGUCGCCGAGGAAUAUCUCGCCGAAGGUAACUACACCCUCGCCCUGGAGAAAUUCAAGUCCUGCCUCGGGAUUUUGGUGCCUCUCCUGGGAAAGGAGCCUCCUGGACGACGGAGAGAUCUGCUCUACGGACAGGUGCAGCAGUGGAUGAAGGAGGCGGAAAGCUGCAAAGGGCUGCUCGCAACGCGGGAAAUCGAGGAGACGGUCCAGCGCCCCUCCGACUCGCACGAUCAGUGCAGUUUACAAUAACGACAAUGAUAUAGUUGCGUUAAAAAAUAGUCAAGAUGGCGUCCCAGUGCUUGCCUCGAGUCUCGGGGUUCCUGCCUCUGAAAGAGCGUUUCUUUACAAUGCAUUACGGGUAAAUUAUUAUUUAAGCACCUGACCGCCCACCGACUGAUACGCGAUGGAAAAUAAAUCCUUUU